AUGGCGGAAGUAUUAGUAAAUACAGUUGGUUAUGAUGAUUCUGAUUUAAGUGAUUAUGAAAAUAAUUUUAAUAUAAAUAAUAAUUUAAUUUAUCAAAAUUUUAAAUCAAAUUAUAAAUUUAAUUAUAAUCAAAAAUCACCAAGAUUUGGUAUAGACAAUAUUAAUACUAAUAAUAAGGUUAAUAGUAUUAAUAAUGAAGAAGAAUUUGGAAAUGGUAAUGUAUUAGAGUUUGGAAAAAAAUUAGAAAGAAUAAGUUAUAGAAAUAGUUUAGAUACAAUUGAUAGUAUAAAUAAUAAUGAAAAUGUUUUUAAAUGGUGGUGUGAUGAAAAUGAUUAUUCUGAUGAUUUUUCUGAUGAUUCCUUUUUUUCUCCCGUUACGGUGUCUAGUAACACGGCUACCCCUGGAAAGGGUACUAAUACCCUAACUACCACUAAUACUAAGGAUACUAAUAUCAUUGGAGCAAACACCGUUACUGAGGAAAAUAAUACUACUAAUUUUGCUGCACCUAAAGUAGGUACUGGAACCUUAGGUAAUCCAGCUACUAAUAGUACUGAGGAUAUUACUGUUGGAGCAAGCACCGUAACGGAAGAUAAUAGUGGAUGGAAAAGUUGGACAAAUGGUACAAAUCAAUUACAAGAAUUAAAAUCUAAAAUAUUAAAUAAACUAUUAAAUAAUAUUAAACCCGUUACGGUGUCAGGUGCCCAGGGAAAGGGAGCUGAUUCUACAGCCAUGGAGUGUACUAUGGGAAAGGGAGCUAAUUCUAUGGUUACAGAGUGUACUACUACUGUGGGAGCAAGCACCGUAAUGGAAGAAUUAAAAUAUUAUAAGAAUAUGAAUAAAAUAUUAAUAGAAAAAUUAAUAUAUAUAAUAAAUAAUAAUAAUAAAUUAGAAUAUAAUAUCAAUAAUAAUUAUGUAACUUUAAUACAAAAUCAUUUAAUCAAAACACAAUCAUUUCUAAAUUCCAUUACUGGUACUACUAAUAACCUAACUACUACUGAGGGUACUAGUACAGUUGGACCAAGCUCCGUUACGGAAGAAAAUUCUACUACUAAAAUUGCUGCACCUAAUCUACAUACUGGACCUGAAGGUACUGGGUUCGAAACCCAGUCCAUUACUACUACUACUGAGGUUACUAAUACUAAUACUACUCUUAAUGAGGAUACUAAUACAGUUACUACUACUGAGGAAGGGGCUAUUGUUGGAGCAAGCACCGUAACGGGAGACACCGUAAUGAAAAUAAAAGAAUUAGAAUUAAAUAAUAAAGAAUUAGAAGAAAAAAUAAAAAUAAUAGAAGAAAGUAAAAAUAAUUUAGAAGAAGAUUUUAAAAAAACAUUAACAUAUAUGAAAUUAAUGAAAGAUCGUUUAAAAUUAUUCAAACAAAAUAAUACACAAAUUACUACCACUAACAGUACUAAUAACUUUACUACUAGUACUAAUAACUUUACUACUAAUACUCUUAAUACUCAUAAUAGCCUUAAUACCCUAAAUACCCUUAAUACUACUACUAAUAUGAAUAAUAUGAAUAAAAGAAAUAAAUUAAGACGUAAUAAUAGUAGUGUAAGAUUUAAAGAAAUGAGUGAAUUAUAUGUAGUACCAAGAUCACUUUCAGAAACAAAACCAAUAAUAAAUAAUAAUAAAUUUAACUUUUUUAAAAAUCUUUUCAAAUAA